AUGUUUGCUCUCCCAGGAGGAUUUCCACCUGGCUUGGAGUAUGAACCGGAGGAUGCGGAUGUCGAGAGCGAAGAGCAGUUCAGAGAUCGCUUGACUAACACUUGGCGCCAGAUGAUGUUCGUCUCUGGGGAAACUGCUGAACCCUCGGUUGAAACGACUACUCUCAUCGAGGAGAUUGUUCGCCAACAAGUUGUCGAAAUUCUUGCUAGAAGCACCGCUCUAGCAACCCGCCGCGGCGUACGCUCGAUCUCGACCGAUGAUCUGAUAUUUUUGAUUCGUCACGAUAAGGCCAAGGUAUCUCGCCUGAAAACCUUCCUCUCAUGGAAAGACGUUCGGAAGAACGUCAAAGACUCAGACGACAAGGGCGGUGCCGAUGCGGCCGACUUCGCCGCCGCCGACGAUCCCAUCGCCGGAGGCGUUGUGGCUGGACCCCAGGACGUUGCGUCGAAGCCGAAGAACAAGCGGGCCCGUGUCGGUCUCGCUUGGGACGUGAACAGCUUCUAUUCCGUGCAGGUUCCCGAGCGCGAGGAUGAAGAAGACGAGGAAGAGGAAGAGCAGAACUACGCCACCCUGCAGCGCCUUGCCGCUGCCGACGAACGCACCAAGCACAUGACGAGGGAAGAAUAUGUGUUCUGGUCGGAAUGCCGUCAGGCGUCCUUCACUUACCGCAAAAGCAAGCGAUUCCGGGAGUGGGCCGGGUUCGGAAUCGUAACGGAGUCGAAACCUAACGAUGAUAUUGUCGACAUCCUCGGGUUCCUGACCUUCGAGAUAGUGCAAACACUGACCGAGGAGGCCCUCAAGGUAAAGGAACGGGAGGAUCGAGAGAAGAACCGUCGUGGCGGCGCAGAUAAUGGCGAGGAUUCCAAGAAACGUAAGCGCGAGACCGGACUUUUCGAUCCCCCCGAGGAGGGCCGCACCCCUGUCGAACCCAAGCAUAUUCGCGAAGCCUAUCGCAAACUACAGGCGACUCCCAAUAAGAAUAUCGCCAUGUUGCUACACAACGGUCGUGUGCCGGCCCGGAUGCCAUUACGAUUAGUAAGUAGUGUCUAG